AUGGCGGAUAGGACGGGAACGCUUCGACAUCAUCGCUUCCCGAUACGGCCGGACGGGCAGCACAACCCCGGCCUCGAAUGGAGACGGCCGAACAGGAGAUGCACCCCAACAUUGAAGUGCCUCUUGCCGCCUCGUCAAGACCGAGGAUAUCAACGAGACUUUCAAAGACGGAAAGCCACUGGAUCCCGGCUGACCGAUCCUUCUCUCUAUGCCUUCCUCUUUUCUUCGCUCGUAGCCGUCCUUGCGCAAUACGUUCGUCAUGAAUUCGCUUCGAGCACGUAUUGCGCCAGCCGAAGCCAUCUUCACGCCGCAAGCCUACAUGCGGGCUGCGGCGGCCCGGGAGGGAUAGGGGAGGUAUUCGUCAAUGGUAUCCCGGGCUUCUCUAGCUUUUUGCAAGAACAACCGAGUCUUGUCGACCUUUGUACUAUAUCGUCGAGAGCGAUUCAUUUGCACCAACGCUCCCUCUGGGCCUCUGAGUUCUACGAAGGGCCGUCUUGGAUCGCUAGCUUGGCUGCCAGAACUUUGCUAGGUCACGAAGGGGCUCGAAGCUUCUUCCUGGCGUCUCAGCCUAGCAACUCGAGCAGGAUCGCGUCGAUACUAGAAUCGGGUUUUGAAGAUGACGCGAUCAGCGCUUGUCGCUUCUGGUACUCUAUAUCAUGUCGUCCCCGUUCUCGCCUUCCCCUCCGCCCAACACGUAUUGUCCUUCCGGACAUGCAUCACACCGCAGCCCCUUUCAAUGGCUGUCCGCAUGACACUGUCGAUGACCCCUAUCUCGAGAGGGCCGCCAUGAAUGACGUCCGCACGGAAGCCACGAGGCUCGGCUGCAAAUACGUAUCCGAGCCUCACCUGCCGCCUGGUAUCAAUGCAACAGGAUGUUUAUCUCAAGACCUUCUACUUGACAGACAGGUCCCGCUGAAUGGUUGUUAUCAACUGGUUUGCUGCCCAGAUGAUGUCGGGCUUGUUUUGGGUGAAAACAUCGGACAAAUCCCAGCUUGUCAAGCUGACAAGGAAUCACAGAUUGUGGACCAUAGGGGGGAGGGGAGAAUGGCAACUUGGGUGGACAUGUUAUACCGGCAAAUGCGUCGCCAGCUAGUCACGACCGAGACAACGAUGAAUCCAUCGUGUUUUCCUAAGAACGACAUUAACGAGCACAACCGCGAGCCAGAAUUGCAGGACCUGGAAAAGGUGUCUAGCAGGUUUCCGCUGCGCCAACGGGUUUUCACUACGGAUGCGCGCGGAUUGCAGGAACACAUGCCCGUUAAUAAGCUCGUGAACGAAGAAUCGAGUGCGUCCCGACAGGUGCUUGCCUUUGUCCGAUGGGGUCCAUGUUCUGUUCACGUUUCAGCUAUUCCGGGACAUCCGGAUCAUGCUGAUGGCGCCGUGUCGUGGCGAAUUGUAUGCUUGUCGUCGAUCGAAACGUGA